AUGGGUUUUGACCUGAAUCAAACUCCUGAGGAUACUCUAUCUCAAGGUAAUUUUCCAUCAACUAUUCCAAUUACAAUUCCAUCUCCAAUUACUACAAUUCCAUCUCCAAUUACAAUUCCAUCUCCAACUAUUAGAGAUUUAAAUCAAUAUUGUCUCAUCGAUUUGAAUGAAUGUUACCCGGAAGAAAAUGAUGAUGAACCAGAACCUAUUCGCCAUGGAAAUAAGAAGAAGAAUUUAACUUCUGAUGUGAAGAGAAGAAUUCUUGAAAAAUUGAUGCAAGGGAGCAUAGAUGGGAAACUUCACAGGGGACUAAUCACUGAUACUGCGGCUCGGUUUGGAGUUGGAUUUCGAACGGCUUCAAGAUUAUGGAAUUGUGCAAAACUGGCUAAUGCAAAUGGAGAUGUAGUUGAUAUCUCUUCUAAGAUGGUCAAUAGAGUUGGUAGAAAGAGAAUUCAAUUAGAUUUAGAUAGAAUUAAGUUGAUACCUCUUCGCAAACGAACAACAAUAAGAGGAAUAGCACACGAACUAAACUUGUCAACAUCAACCGUACAUCGACUAAUCAAGAAUGGAAAUCUUCGACCACAUUCAAAUGCCUUGAGGCCGGGACUUACGGAUGAAAACAAGAUAGGAAGGGUGAAGUUUUGCUUGAAAAUGAUAGACAAAGGUAUGGACCAAUCUUCAAAUUCAUUCAUUGACAUGUUGGAUCGGAUUCAUAUAGAUGAAAAAUGGUUUUACAUUACAAGAAGAGCACAAAAGUAUUAUCUUCAUGCCGAAGAAGAAGAGCCUUUACGCACAUGUAAAAGUAAGAAUUUUAUCACCAAAAUCAUGUUUUUAACAGCCGUGGCUCGUCCUCGCUUGGGUUUUGAUGGUAAGAUCGGAAUAUGGCCUUUUGUUGUUAAAGAAGCCGCAAAAAGGACCAGCAAAAACCGCAAAGCUGGGACAAUGGAAACCAAGGCAAUGAAAUCUAUUGACAAAGAUGUUAUGAGGUGUUUUCUGAUUGAGAAAUUGCUGCCUGCUAUCAAGAAGAAAUGGCCAUUUAAUAAUUGUAAGAAAAUCUUUAUACAACAAGAUAAUGCAAAACCGCAUGUCCACGAGAAUGAUAAAGAAUUUUUGGAAGCGGUUCGAAGUUACGGGUUAGAUAUCGAGUUGUUGUGUCAACCUCCGAACAGCCCCGACUUGAAUGUUUUAGACCUGAGGUUCUUCAGCGCUAUUUCUGCACUUCAUCAUACUGAUGCUCCAACCACAGUAGACGAGUUUAUCGCAAGUGUUACGAGAGCGUUUGAAAUUUUCUCGGUUGAAGAAGCAAACAAUGUUUUCAUAACUUUACAAUCUUGCAUGAAGGAGAUUCUUGGAAUCAAGGGUGGGAUUCACUACAAGAUUACCCAUAUGCAUAAAUGGCGUUUAAUUAGAGAUGGCCAACUCCCUAAUGUACUUGAGUGUGAUCCUCAAGAAUUGAAUGAGGCAAGGGAAUUUAUCAAGGAGUAUGAAAUUUCGCAACAAAGUUCUUCAGAUCUGAAGUAG